ACAGGGGUAGUUUGGGGGUAAGAAGGGGGGCGAACGCAUCGCAGAUUUCUGGUUGACGGAAUGAAACGUCGAGGCGUUGCUUAGUAUGUAUGCAAGCCCCCCCUGGCUGGUGUAUUAGUCGUGAUUUCCAUGGAACGCGGAUCUUUGGGAAGGGGAAGGGGGUUACUUUUGGCGAGACACAUCCAAAAGAUCUGGUGCAUACAACCGCGGGGGGGCAGGAAAGAGGGCCGGGUGGAUUCGAUUUCCAAACUUGGCCAUGGGUUGACAGGCGUUUUGCGUGGGAGCAUUAUACGUCGCGAUUCUGUCAUGCAUGGCCUCGCGUAGGUACCAUCUCACCCUUCUCAUCGGGGACCAUCGUGACGCCCCUGAAUAUCACUGCUAGCGAGGAGAAAUCCCGACUUUUAAGCUCACCUGUCGUCGUGCAAACAUUCAUGUCAAUCCUUCUCGACUACCUAAGGAUGGUCUACCACAAUCGUUUCAAGGCAAUGGAGUCAGACGGAAUAAGAGCAAUCCUUACGGUCAUGCUCGCUGCUACUCGAGGGUUUAAUUUCACGAUCUCGCCAUCUAAUUCGAAGGUUUCGGAAUGGUCGAGAGGUUCGAAUGAGGAUCACAAAUAUUCGAAGCUGCUCAAUAACUUGGAAAAAAAACGAUGGUUCUUUGUCAAGAGAAAAAAAGAGGGCCUUACAAGCAUGGGUGGCUCAAGAACGGCCCGCCGCGCCAAAGUAUUAGGAUAUCUCAUAAUGGGUUUCCGACCAAAUAACCUGACCAGACCUUCCCGACCCGUUCGCCGCCAAUACAUAAAUCCAUAAAUCAUAUCAUGAAGACUCUCUACCAAGGAGGUGGUAGGGAAACCAAGGUAGGCAGGGCAAGCCUAAUGGUCUUGUACACUACUUCCACGUUUCAAUCCCCCUUCCCACCCCUUUU